UUGGUGUUCGUUUGGUAUAAGUUACUACUUAGGACGAGCUUUCAAAAGUCAGUCAGUUUUGAGUUGAUUUAGAAAAUAGUAAUCACUCUCUCUGGUGAAAAAUAAAUAAUAAAAAUAAGUAAAACGAAAAGAAGAGCUUGUUAUGAUGCGUGUAUAAAGUCACUUUGGUACAUAAUUUAUGAUACAAGAAUUACAUUUGAAAGACCGCGUCUUCCUUAAUUGAUCAAUAGAGACAUUCGUCGUGUAAAGAUUAGUCGUGAUGGUUUCUAAACGGACCUUCUAUGAACUCCUCAUUGGAACACUGCUAAUAACAUUUUGUGACUGCUUAAGCUCUGAACAAGAAUUGAAAAUUGACACAUUGGUGAGAAAUGUUUUUAUGGCUGAGAGUGCCAUUCCUGGCGUCGGUGUGACUAUUGUUGAAAAUACCGGAGAAUCCAUUUUUUCCAAAGGCUAUGGCUACUCCGAUAUGGAAAGAGACAUUACAGCAGACGGAAACACAAAAUUUUGCAUUGCAUCAAUUACAAAGACAUUUACCGCAACACUUAUUAUGAAAGUUCUUAGUGAAACAUUUCCAAAAUUAGGACCUGCUGUUCUUGACACCCCACUAAGGAUAAUACAUCCGAACGGCACGUUUAUGUUCAGUGAUAGAUUCCGAUACGAGUCCAUGACUUUUCGUGAUUUACUAAGUCAUCGGGCGGGAUUACAAACUGAGUACUUCGGUUCUUCUUUCGGUGCUUUCAAGGACACUGACGAGCUCCUUUAUCGAAGCCGGUAUGCACCAGAAAUGGCUUCGUUUCGAGCGGGAAGCUUCUACUCUAACACACUGGUAGCAUUAGCAGGGACGUUGAUUGGAGAAAUUGCAGGACGACCUUACGGAGCCCUCUUACAAGACUUUUUCGACCAAUUGGGAAUGAAUGACAGUAUUCUAAUAAACCGACAUACGAAUUAUGAUCUAGUGGUGAAUAUGUCAAGAGGAUAUUUCCUCGAAAACGGUGUAGUGAAGCAACUAAAUUCUGCAUUAAUAAACAUGAUUUUCGUUGGCGCUCCUGCUGGUGCAGUAAUAACAACAGCAAAUGACAUGGCUAAAUAUAUCAAAUUUCACUUGAAGAGCGGCAGAGUGGGAGAUAAGCAAGUUGUCUCCCAAGAGGCACUACUGUGGAUGCGUCAGCCAGCAGCAGCCUUUGAUUCUAUGCAAUUUAGAUCCGUAAAUUCAUCGAUGGUAGCUGGAGAGUAUGCCAUAGGUAGUGGAGUUUAUCUUGGCGUUUUUGAUGGAUGGGAAUUUAUGUCUCACGACGGACUAUGGGCUACUUUCGAGUCAGAAAUGCGUAUUUAUCCACGACUUGGUUUUGGUACAUUUUCCAUAAACAACGGGCCGGUCGACCUCUCAAACAGUCGUUACGACCAUUCGUUCUUACAGAAUUCACUUUUCGCCAUUGUCAACGGCUUAAGUUCGGGUGCAAGAAUCGAGCCAAACGACCCAUCGAAAAACAAAAAUUUAAGCGAUGUCGUAUUAGAAUCAUUGGAAAAAUAUAUAGCUGAGAGACAACUCCCAUUACUCAACGUAAGCAAAGAAUCUGUUGUGGGAAAUUAUGGACACCCAGUCGAAGGCGAUAUUGAAAUUACAUUGAGAAAUGAAACUCUGUACUUUCGUUGCGGGACUUGGGGCACAGGCUAUUUGAAUCAACAUCCAACGCACCCCGUUUAUUACGUCAUCUGGGAUAGCGACUAUGUUCAAAUGAUUUACUUUGUUGCUGGCGGCUUAGUGGAUACUUUCUUUUCAUUUGAAAGUGAAAAUACCUUCAACUUUAUCAUUUAUGGAGCCGUAAUAACUUUCCAACGGAAUGUAUCGCUGGCUACUCUUCCGAAAAUUCCUUGGAAGCCGGAGUCCUGUGUUCCAGAGCAAAAAUCUGGAGAAAAGCAAUAAGACAUCAUUUAAGGGAGAUUUUAGAUUUUUUCGGGAGUAUAAUUUAAGAAAUAAUUUCCUCCUUCGAGCAAAAAAGAGAAAAAUUAUUGAUAAAGAUUGAUUGAUU